GGAAAAUAGCUAAUUUGGCAACACUGCUCUGGUCACACAAUUUUCGUAAACAUUAAAAAGUAGCUCUAAAUUAGUCGGAUAAUGUCGCAAAUACAUUAGUGAGAAACAAAGAAUGGAGGUGUUUCAGACGGACUCGCACUAUAUAUUCGUGAAGCAGGACAAGAGUUUGUGGUGGCAUCGAAGGACAUCAGAGUUCUCGAUAAAAGCAGGAUGGGAUCUCAGCUCUGUGGACGACAUCGAGUGCAUUGGAGUUACACAUGGCGUUGUGGGGGUGAUCUCGCUGCCCAAUGUCUAUGAGCCCCAUCUGAUUGUGAUCAAGGAGGCAACGGCAGUGGGUGUUCUAUAUCCACCCCACUUGGUUUACAAGAUCAAGUCCAUAUGUAUUUUGAGCGCCGAGGAACCGGACACCGAUUUGCCCAACUGCACCAAGCACUCCAAGAGCAACCAGUCCACGCCCACUCACAGUGUCUCCUCCAAAAACAACAAUGCCAGCGUUCCCUCCAGCGGCGGUGGCCCCUCCAAGAGCACCAAACUGUUCGAGGGUAUGAACAAGACGUGGGGCGUCGUAAAAAGUGCCGGGAACACCAUCAAGAACACCACGCAGCAAGCUGCCAAUUUGGCCACCAAGCAAGUUAAGUCUUCAGUGGGGAUCAGGGAACCGAAGCACAUCGAGCGGCGCAUCACCGAGGAGCUGCAUAAGAUAUUCGACGAGACGGACAGCUUCUUCUUCAGCUUCGACUGUGAUAUAACCAACAAUCUGCAGCGUCAUGAGGUCAAAUUGGAGGGGAAUCAGUCGAUGCCGGAUGAAAGAUUCUUUUGGAACAUGCACAUGAUACGGGACUUGCUUGACUUGAAGGAUAAAACAUGGAUAUUGCCCAUCAUUCAAGGAUUUAUGCAAGUUGAGAACUGUGUAAUAGGCAAUGAGUGCUUUACAUUGGCCUUAGUAUCGCGAAGAUCUCGUCAUCGAGCAGGAACACGCUACAAGCGACGUGGAGUGGACGAGAAGGGAAACUGCGCUAAUUACGUGGAGACGGAGCAAAUACUCUCCUUUCGUCACCACCAGUUGUCCUUCACCCAAGUGCGUGGUUCCGUGCCGAUAUACUGGAGCCAGCCCGGCUACAAGUACCGACCACCUCCCCGCCUCGAUCGUGGUGUGGCCGAAACGCAACAGGCCUUUGAGCUGCACUUCACCAAGGAGCUGGAGAUCUACGGGCGCGUGUGCAUCGUCAAUCUGGUGGAGCAGAGCGGAAAGGAGAAGACCAUCGGAGAUGCCUUUGUCGACCACGUGAUUAAGUUCAACAACGAGCUGAUGAUAUAUGUGACUUUCGAUUUUCACGAUUACUGCCGCGGUAUGCGUUUCGAGAAUGUUUCGGCGCUGAUCGAUGCAGUGGGCCCUGAGGCAGGCGCUAUGGGUUUCCACUGGCGCGAUCAGCGAGGAAUGAUAUGCAAUCAAAAGUCCGUGUUUCGGGUGAACUGCAUGGACUGCCUGGAUCGAACAAAUGUGGUGCAAACAGCAAUUGGAAAGGCGGUUCUUGAGUCUCAGCUAGUAAAAUUAGGACUCUCACCACCCUACACUCCCAUUCCGGAGCAAUUGAAGUCCCCUUUCAUGGUGCUAUGGGCCAACAACGGCGAUAUCAUAAGUCGGCAGUACGCGGGCACCAACGCCUUGAAGGGAGACUAUACACGCACUGGCGAACGCAAAAUAAGCGGAAUGAUGAAAGACGGCAUGAAUUCGGCCAAUCGAUUUUUCAUACAAAACUUUGCCGACUCGUUUCGCCAGUGCAUCAUUGACCUGAUGCAGGGCCAGUUGCUACGGGCAGAGGAGCUGCAGGAGGACGAGGUCCUGGACACCAUCCUCCAGAUUCUAACUCCAGAGUCCCGACCCCCGCUCCGGGGCUAUUAUUAUACCGGUGUGCUGGGUCCUGAGCUGCAGUUACUCGAAUCCAUCGUAACAACCAGUUAUUAUUUGGCGCGCUUUAAGGACUCUUACCGCCAGGCUACCAUCGAUCUAAUGCUAGGUAACCAGGUCUCCUCAGAAUCACUUAGUGCUUUGGGCGGCCAAGCGGUUCCGGAUGAAAAUGAUGGAACGGAAAGCGCGGAGCAUGCCAAGUUGCUGGUGGAAGAUUGCCGUCGCCUGCUGCUGGGAACGGCUCAGUAUCCCGUUGGAGCUUGGGGACUUAUAGAUGCUGACCCAAGCUCUGGAGAUGCCAACGAGACGGAGGUGGAUUCCAUACUACUCCUCUCGGACGACUGCUACAUCGUGGCUGAAUACGAUGCGCAGCUAGACAAGAUUUUCCGCUUUGAGAAGGUGCAGCUGGCGCAGGUGCGUCUUAUCGAGUUGGGAAUGCAUCAGCAGACGAAAAUCUUCCAUGGUUCCGCUCCAGCGCAUCUUUGCCUGCGUCUCAACUACAGCGUCGAGGAACAAGAGGGCUACUUCCACAUGUUCCGGUCGGCCAAUUUGAGAUUCUUCAACAACAUGGCCUAUGUGAUCAAGACGCAGGAGGAACUCAUUGAAUCCCUGACCUCCAUUGUGGAGAUGUUCCGCAUUGCCUUGGACAAUGCUGGGAACACAGACGUUCGCUACGUUACGGGUGGUGUGCUGCAGCGAAGGAAGAGCAAGUUGCCCUCACUGGACGUCCCCAAGGGCAUGCCUCGUAACCUUUCUGAAUCUCAGCUGGUCCAGUUCAGCUCCAAGGCUCUGUCGAAUGUGGCGGGACAGUUCUCGAAACUGGGCCAGACCUUCAAGAAGUCAUCGAGCACCCAACAGCAAGCGCAUCCCAGCAGCUUGGCAGCGACCAUAAAUCCGCAAGUGAUGCGUCAGUCAGGAGGCAACGAAAUCGAAUCUGGAGAAGAGGCUGAAAAGGCAGUAUUUGUUCUGGGUCGCAAGAAGCGGAAUUCACACAGCGCCAGCAGCACAGAUACCGAUGACCAGGACAACAGCUUGUACGAGCCCGAGAUGGACUCCGAUGUGGAGAUAGGCACGGAUAAGUCGAACUACAACGAGAACACCUUCCUUCCGUCGGUGGGCAUUGUCAUGGGCAACCAGAAAGAGGAAUCGCCCGGCUCCUCCGAUGAAAUUCGACAGUUGGAGCAAAAGGAUAGCAUGUGCAAGACCGCCGAAAACGUGCUUACCAUUUCCAUUACCUCUGUGACGGAUCACGUUGGUCUGCCCACGGGCCUGCUGGAAAAUGCCCCACCGAUUCGACCCAUCACUCCCAAUCCGCUGAUCUGUGUGCAAGCUCAGGAAGCCUUUGACUACGUGGAAGAAGAGGCGAAGCCGCUGUCCAGUACAUCGGCCAGAGAUCUUAUCCUUCCUGUGGACCUUCCCACUCAGUCGGAGGCCAACAAACUAAAACAGCUCGCGAGUCCGCUCUCGAAACUGGCCAAGAACAUUGGCCUGAACCUAGAUCCCCGCAAGAUAGCCUCAAAGACCGGAGUACACUCACCCACCACUCUCUCCAGCGAGAAUUCUCCACCGGAGCACUCUCCAAACUCACGGGAUCAUCUGUUGGAGCUGUGGAAGGCCGAGAACUGCAAAACCAAAUUGAUAGCCUUAUAAGCGGGCCAAUAUGCAAAAACAUAUACAAGCUCUACACUUUUGAAUUCAUUUGUGCAAGUGAUAUAUUUAUUUACAAAAAAUGAAAAAACACAACUUAAUUAAAACUGUUCUACCUGUUGUUCGAGGCACUUACCUUAAGGUUACAUUAGGCAAACAGUAUUACGAAAAUUGCAACGAAUUAGAGGUUCUUAUAACGUAGUUUAAAUACGCUCAUUUGUAAUUGCAGCUGUAGUGAGUUAAUACAUUUUUGCGUGUUAAAUGUUGGAACUUGUUCUUUAACACCAACGUAGAAUUUAAAAAAAGAUUAUUUUGUUUGUUUAGUAUAUGUUUUGAUGCUAUUGAAAUCUGAGGACAAAUAAAUAUUUCUGUAAAGAAUUAAUUUAAUUUCAAAUAGCUGGUCAAAUUACGUAAAUCACUAUUUUAAACAUUUUUUACGAAAUUUUCUUAUUUAGAUUAACGGAGGACCACAUUUUUGAUUUCCUUUUAAAUAAAAUAUUUAAUGUACAGUAGUGAAAAAAUGUCCGAAAUUCUUAUUGGCACCAUCAAAUUAGCCAAAAGAAAAACCCAUAAAAAUAACGUGUUUAAUUCUGAACAAUAGAGUUUUUGGUAUAAACCCACCCCAUGGUCAUCAAACUCAUUAUUAUACAGUAUUGUAGGUAAGGUACAAAGUGUUUGCGAAAUCAAAUACUUAGGUAAGGUAAAAGAUAUACCAUUUUCCAAGUGUCUAAAAAGGUAAGAGGGACAAAAAACAUGUAAAAAAAAGGUUUUUAAUGCAAUGUUUUAAUAAUAAUUUUGAGGUCAAUAGAUUCUUCUCGAAGUUGCAGUUGAAAUAUAAUAUUUUGAUUCGGGGUCUGCCAAUUAGGUCUGGUUGUAGAAACAUAAAAAAUUAAAUUAUCUUCAAGUUGCAGUAAAAUUAUUAUAUAUUUAUGUUCAUUUUUGCAAAAGUAAUACAAAAUUGAAUUUAGUGGUAUCAAGCUACCUAACUUGGAAUAACUCGAAGCUUCUCGUUGUUUUAGACAGCUGAUGUGAAAUGAAGUAUUACUGGCAGACCGUUUUAUUUUAUAAACUUGGUACAAUAAAAUCAAAUGCCCUUUCUACAUAUAAAUACAAAUUGAGUUGAAUCAUAAUAGUUACUUCAAACAGAAAAAUAAAUUAGAGGUAUUGACACCUAGUAUAUUGCCAAAAUCUUGAAACCAAUCUUAGAUGUUCGACUAAAAU